AUGGCAUUUGCGUCGAGCAAGGUCCAUGGCUCUGUGGCAGCCAAUGGAGGCCAGUCCCUGGCCUGCCGGCAGCCCCAGCCCGCCUCCCGCCACCUGGCCUCCCGCCCCGCCCCCACCACCGCCAAGGGCGAGGGCAUGAAGCCCUUCGACGGCUUCCGCAAGGUCGGGGGCCAGAGGGGAAACAUGAAGCGCGACGUGACUGACGGCACCAAGCGCAUCAAGCUACCGGUGGGCACCAUUCCCUUUGACUCUGGGGAGCGGCGUGGGGACAACAAGAACCUGAAGGCCAUCGAGGUGUACAACGGGCGCAGCGGGGUGUUCAAGCAGAGGGAGGUGGCGGGCAAGGCCUCGCCACGCAUCCUGGGGCGCAUCGAGCAACUGCGCCUGUUGAGCAAGCUGGAGAGCGCGGGCCUGCUCUCCGCCAUCGAGCGCGGCGGCUUCACGCUGUCCGACAUCGAGAAGUACGGCCUGCUCAGCACGACUGAGAGCCUGGGCCUCAUCUCCGCCGCGGCAGACAGGAACACGCCACGGCUCCUGUUCGGUGCAGCUGCAGCCCUGCUGGCUGCCGCGCCUGCCCUGGUGUACUUUGUGCCCGACACCAGCAACUGGCUGAUUGCUGGACAGGUGGCGGCAGCCGUCCUCCUGGUCCUGGGUGGCACCGCCGCUUAUGGCGGAGCUGCGCUGCUCACCGCCCUCCACAAAUGA